CGGACAUAUUCGAUGGCUGGCCGUUGGAGGAACAAUAAUAUCCAGCAGUCGACGGACAUUUCCGUCCGGCGCCCUCGACGCCCCGGCGACGACUCUCAACUCAGCGUGCACAUCAUAACCUUACGUCAUUGCGUGUCUGCGAUCUGCCAAACGGCUACACACGCGCGCCAGGCCACAUUUUAGGCAUCGAGCGCGUGCGCCUGGCUUACGUGACACUUGGCCCAAGAUAUUACAUUCGGCAGGACGGCUGGAGGGCGCCGAUUGGGAGACUGGGCGAGAAAUGUCGCAGGGGAGUGCGACAUUUAGUCACAAAUCCAGGCAGAGAGCGCACAUUUUUCGGCAACAGUGCCAAUCGGCCGCCACGGAACGUGACUGCCGAUCGUCCCUAUUGACAGAAAAUGCGGCCGCUGCUGUCAGAUCGAGCGAGAGCGGCUACGAGGACGGCCACGAGGACGGCCACGAGGUCGAGGUGGCCCAACGUGACUCGACCAGCUUACAUAACGAAUUGCAACAAUUAAAUGGUCCCAUUACUAAAACGGUGGAGGAUAUUGAAAAGUGGCUAAAGAUGACCAGCGAUUCAAUCUCGACGAGCUUGGAUAUGAAUGUUAAAAAUACUUCAAGAGCAAGCGUCGAAAGAUACUUAAACGAGCAGCUGUCCGAAGCAUCUUUUGAGAAAGAUCUUUUGUCAUCUGAUAUUGACAUCAUAGCCAAAAAAUUGAACAUGAGCUAUGACACUAUUUUUAACGAAGUAAAUAAUGAAAAACUUUUGCCUUUGCCCGAAAAAGAUGACGAGUUUAUACUUCCAGAGUUGCAGUUAGAUAAUUUAGAUCAGCUAGAGUACUGCUCGGACGAUAUGAUUCUAGCGGGUGAAAUCCUACCGUCCAUUCACGCACAACCAUCUUGCAGUAAUAUUAAUGUAAAUAGUAAGGACUCGAAGGUAGAGUCGCAAGAAACUAUUCGUACAAAUAAUCAAAAUGACAAAUUCAUGAAGAUUGAACAGGUACAAAUUGAGACUGAUACAGAGAUAACUGAAAGCGAACAAUUUAAAGAUAGUAUCAACAAUAUUGAUAAUUUUGUAAAUGAAAAUUUUUAUAAUACUUCUGUUCUGACAAAUAUUCAGGACUUAUCUAACGAAAAUGUGUCUUAUAAUGAAUCUGGUAUAGAUGAUUCUAAAUAUUGUACAGAUCUCAAGCACAAUGAUAUAUAUAAUAAUACGACAGCAGGUAACGGAACAAUUUGGUAUCAUGGAGUACAGGCUAGAACAAAAACUCCAUAUCUUAAAAAUAAAACGAUAAACUCAGCUUAUGAAAGUUCUGCGAGUGCAAAGACAAAAUUUCAGCCCAGUAUAAUUAAGCGAAAAAGAAAAUUAAUGAAUAAGGGGGAGAACAGUCGGAUCAAAGAUAGUACAAUGUCGGUUGUUACCAUUUCAACGGAGAAACAAUCAAAUUUUACACAAAUUUUUAUUAACGCCAACAAAGAUGACGAAUUACUAAAUAAUAAGUCUUUAAUGUGCAAAAAUAAAUGCAGAAGUAAGUCAUGUAGUUCCAAUUCAUCGGACGAAGACGAUGAGGAGAAAAUCUUGAGAAUCAAGCCAUUAUCGUAUUAUAAUCAACAAGAGCUGGCAAUUUCAAAGGCAUUAGAAGAAGUGGGUAUACGAGAUAACAUGUUGCAGCAUAUUAUAACAGGAGAUAACGUUAAAGUAUGGCAGUGCCAUCAACACGAAUGUGCUCGACAGUUUGCAAAAUUAUGCAGUCUAAAAGCUCAUUUGUUGACUCACUUUGGCAUAAAACCAUUUAAGUGUGACUACGACGGCUGCUCAUGGGCAUUUUAUUCUGAAUUCAAGCUCAAGCGGCACAAGGACACGCACUUAAAAAAGAAAGAUUACAUAUGCUCGACGCCCGGCUGCAAGCGCAGGUUCACGACGAUCUAUAACUUGGCGAGUCACGAGAAAUUGCACACCCGGCCGAACAGAAUAGUCUGCCAGGUGCCGGAGUGCACUGCCAAGUUUCAGACGAAGCGAGCCCUGGAGACGCACAUGAAGACCCAUGACGAGAGUCUCGCCCCCUACGUCUGCAACUUCGAGGGCUGCGGCAAGCGCUACUACGGGAGCAACGCGUUGAUGUCGCACCAGCGCUGCCACAGCUACUCCCACUUGGACGUGACGUGCGUCUGGCCAGGAUGCGGCAAGACCUUCGACCAGCCGUGCCGGCUGAAGGCCCACAUGCGCUCGCACACCGGCUACAAGCCCUACGCGUGCACCUUCAAAGGCUGUAAAUGGGCGUUCUCGACCUCGAGCAAGCUCAAGAGGCACCAGAAGAAACACACCAACGAUCGGAAAUUCGUCUGCGACGUGGGCGACUGCCACAAGGCCUUCAUGCGCUCUGAGCACCUUAAGGAGCACCGGCUCACCCACAUCGAAGAGCGAUUCUUCCAGUGUCACAUCUGCACCUCCGCGUUCUCCGCCAAGAGCAGCCUCUACGUCCACAUUAAGAAGCACACGAACAAGGAGUUCGUCAGUAGGGCGCGCCAGCAGAAAAAGAAGAAGACCGUAGAGAAGAAGACCGGUAAUAAGAAGAAGGACGUCUAUUGUUCUAGAGUGCAGCCGGUGAGAUUGUCGGUCAAUAAGAUGAAGAAGAGCUGCUUGUCAAACGAUUCGUCGGACCUCGAGCAAGAAGCGGCCAAUCAAAGGACCAUCAAGCACCUCGAGGAGAACGAGAACAUUGCCGAUAAAGGGCUGAGUCUAUCGAGCUCAUUACUCCCGAAGAAAGUCUCGAGGAACGUGUAUUUCUGCCCAGUGGAUCCCUGCACCAAAUGGUAUCCCCUCAAAUCUAGCUUAAGAAGCCAUUUGCAGAAGGAGCAUAUCACACCCCUUGCUGAAAUUCAGAAUAGCAGCUUGACGCGCGUGCUCUCAUCUAGUCCGGUUUCCCAAGGAGGUCUUAUCAUGUACAACUUAGCAGACUAUUCGUUAAGCAAGCGCGGCGAUCAAGUGAUGGCGACGUCCUUCGAAGCAGCGCCCGACGAUCGAGCAGCGAAAUUCGUCAAUUAUAAUAAUACCGUAGUACAUACUACCGAGUCGCCGGCCUACUUGGCAGUACAGGAUAUUGAGAAUGUUGUCGGCAAGCAUUGCGGGGAUAACGAAGGCGCGGCCAGGACCACCUUCACACGCACGGAUGUUUUAAACUUGAAGCCGAAUCGAAAAGUCGUGGAUUCUAGUGUGGGGGCGAGCGACGUCGUUUUAGGCGGAGCCGACUUCGGUGACGAUCUAUUGCUAUCGAACGAUUUGCCCUCUAUGUAUUGUCAGGAGGAUAUAGGGGUGCCGGGAUACCAAAUACUGCUACUUGACACCAAUCCAACCGAUAGUGAUAUCAAUAUAAGAGAUUUAGAUUAAUAAGCAGGCUGAGCCUCGGCUCGCUGAUCACUGGAUUUACAA